GCAGCGGAAGGGGAGCGCUGGAAGCGGAAGGGGCGGUGUGGAGGAGCCGGAGGAGCCGCAGGAGCCAUGCGGACCCGGCGCGGCACCGUCCUGCGGCCGCCGGCACAGUCCCCCGAGGCCGACCAUGGGCUGGACGAGGCGCCCGCCGACAGCGCCGGCCCCGAGGAGCUGGCGGACGACGUGGAGCAGUUCCACGAGGCGCAGUUCCGAGCCGUGAUGGCAGCCCUGGACAGCGGCGAGGAGGCCGGGGACAGCGGCGACGAGGAGGAGGAGGAGGAGGAGGUGCUGGGGCUGCAGCUGCCCGAGGAGGAAAGCGAGGAGGAAGAAGAGGAGGAGGAGGAGGCGCAGGGGCUGAACCUCUUCGUGGAGCACAGCGCAGAGGAGGAUGAGGGUGGAGACGCUGAGGAAGAUGAGGAUGGGGAAGGUGAGGAGGAGGAAAAUGAGGAGGAGGAAAAUGAGGUUGAGGAUGAAGAUGGGGACCUGUCCAUGGAAAGCGACUUGGAGGAGCAGCGUCCGGACACCAAGCUCCCCCACGAGCUCUCCUGGGGCCAGCGCAAGCAGCUCUACUAUGACACGGACUACGGGAGCGAUGCCCAGGCCAAGGGCAAGCGGAGCCAGCAGGAGAUCGAUGCUGAGGAGGAGGAAGAGGAGCAGGAGGCUCAGGUGAUCCAGAGGCGGUUAGUGCAGGACUUGGGGGAGGAUGACUAUGGGCUGGAUAUGAUCCAGGGCUACCUGGCUGAGCAGCGCAAAAUCCACGAUAGCAAGGGGCAGAAGAUUGACAAGGAUCUGCAGGCCCUUUCCAAGAAGGAGCAGCUGAAGCUGCUGAAGCGGGAGUCCCCUGAGCUUCUGCAGCUGAUGGAGGACUUGGAAGUGAAGCUCAUGGAGAUCAAGGAUGAGCUGCACCCACUGCUGCAGAUGGUCAAAGACGGCACUAUCCCCCAAGGGAAGGGCAGUCGGUAUUUGCAGACCAAGUAUCAUCUGUACCUGAACUACUGUGCCAAUAUCAGCUUCUAUCUAGUUCUGAAGUCCAAGAGGGUGCCCGUUCAUAGUCACCCCGUCAUCGAACGGCUGGUGGCUUACAGAAAUAUCAUCAAUGACCUCGCUGUCAUAGACCAGAAGUUAUCCCCACAGGUCCGUGUGCUUCUGAGGAGCUACUAUGAUAAGAAGGAAGAGAGGCUACGGAAGGAAAACAAGUUUGCCGUGUUUCUCACCAUGGAUGGCAAGAAAAACAAAUCAAAACAUGCCUCUGCACUUGCUAAUGGCCAGGCUGCUGCUGCUUCUGAGUCGUCGGGUGAGUCGGAGCUGGAUGAGGAGGCUGCCCUAAAAUACUACAAGAUGAUGGAGGAGAAGCUGGCACUCAAGAGGAAGAGACCUGGGGACGAAGACGUGCUUGAAGAAGAAGCUGUGUCAGAAGGAGAAGAUGCCAGUAAAAAGAGGGGGGUGACCUACCAGAUGAUCAAGAACAAAGGCCUCACGCCCAAAAGGAGGAAGAUCGAUCGCAACCCCAGGGUGAAGCAUCGGGAGAAGUUCCGUCGCGCCAAGAUCCGCCGCAAGGGGCAGGUGCGGGAGGUGCGCACGGAGCUGCACAGAUACGCUGGGGAGCUCUCCGGCAUCCGCGCCGGCGUCAAGAAGAGCAGGAAGCUCAAGUGACACUCACUUUUCUAUAAGAGCUGCCAGUAGCAAUCCUGAAUCCAAUAAAAGUUUUGUAAAGGA